CCUGAACCUCAAACAAAAAAUUUAUAGUCACCGCCAUUAACUUCUGCUUCAGCUCCAGCUUCAGUAAGUAAACCCUAAGAAGUUUUUUUUUUCAAUUUAAAUUGAAGAAGAAACAACAUGUCAUCUUUAAGGAAUGCAAUUCCAAGAAAAGCUCACAAGGAGCGAUCGCAACCGCAAUCACGAAAGAAAUAUGGACUUCUCGAGAAACACAAGGACUAUAUUGUCCGUGCUAAAGCUUACCAUACGAAACAGCAAAGCUUACAGAGGCUCAAAGAGAAAGCUGCUUUCAAGAAUCCCGAUGAAUUCUACUUUAAGAUGAUUAAAACUAAAACUGUCAACGGAGUUCAUCUGCCAGAGAGUCAGGCCAACAAAUACACCGCAGAAGAACUUUUAUUAAUGAAGACUCAAGAUAUUGGAUAUAUUCUUCAGAAACUGCAAAGUGAAAAGAAUAAAAUUGAGAAAUUAACUGCGACAUUGCAUUCUCUUGAUAGUCAGCUGCCAAACAAGCAUAUAUACUAUGCUGAAGACAGGGAGGAAGCUAAAGAGUUAAGGUCACGACCAUCAGAAAAUAAAAUUAACUCUCCUUUUGAAGAUGUUCCUGAUCAUAUCAAGAGGAAAACAGCCGGUGCCUACAGAGAGCUGGAAGCUCGGAAGAAUAGAGCAAACCAGUUGGAGAAACUAUAUGCAGAUAUGUCUUUGAAGAAGGAAUUACAGAAAAAUGGUAGGAAGCGUAAAUUACGUGAAGAUGAAAUUGUCUGUCCAACUUCAAACCCGGUAUAUAAAUGGCGAUCUGAAAGAAAGCGGUGAAAGGAGUCAUCAAUACUUGUUAAUGAAGUCAGAAAAAUCUCAUGUUGAAUACACCAAAGCUGCAUGGGAGCUGAUGAGGCACUUAACCAGGUAAGAUGAGAUGACAGAUGCAUUAAAAUGCAACUUUUGUAGCUUUAAUUUAUUGACGAUUGAACGAUUUGAUGUUAAGAUUUUGUUACUUUUCUUUACAUAAACGAUUUCUAGUAUCUUUAUUCA